CUUCCACCUCCUCCUCCUCCUCUUCCUCUUCCUCCUCCCCUCCACCACCUCCUCCUCCUCCUCCUCCUCCAGUAGUGGCGAAUGUGAAGUAGGAGGAGGAGACUGUGGACUAGAGCGGCUCCUAUUCCUCCUAUUCUUCCCCACCCUAUCCUGUGCCUCUCCCUUGAAGGUCUUAGCGCCUCGAGAGUAGCCCGGAGGAGGAGGACCAUGCUAGGACUGGAGGAGGAGAGGCCGAGGAGGGCGUGAGGGCCGAGGAGGAGGACAGAGUGACUCGCCAGGAGGAGGAGGAGGAGAAGAAGAAGAGGAGGCCUGGCUUGUUUACAGUGGUGGCUCAGCUGGUGCAGGAGGUUCAGGGGGUUCUUAGGCCUCCCUCAGUGCUCCUCCCUCCUGCAGCAGUGCGUCCCUGGGCCCAUGUGAGUCCCUGAGGCUGCCAAGGUCCGUCCCGCCAGCCCUUGGACAGGCAGGCAGACAGACAGACCAUCCAGCGUAUCUGUCUACCUAUCCCUGUACGUACAUGUAAUUGUUGCGUUUUGCUGGACAAGGGCAGAAACAACAGCAGCAACAGGACAGACGCCCGUGACGAACUUGGCGCGUGCGUGAGGCUGCCGCGAGGGGAGAGGGUAAGCAGCUCCCGGCACCACCCUGCCUGGCGCUGGGACAAUGGACAUAGCAGGACACUGGGCCGCCCUGUGCCUUGACCAUCUUGUGAUUUGUUAACUGGAUACUCUGCAGAGCCUUGUGUGAGGCGUCGGGAUGGUGUGUUGGGGGCGUGAAACGAGAGAGUGCAGCAGCAGCAGCAGCGGCAGCAGCAGCUCCAGCACCAAGGUGUUGGCCAGAUGAGCAGCAGCACGGCCGAGCCUCCCCCAGGUGAUCACCCUGGGGGGCAGGCCAGGGACUCCAGUGCCAGCCCCCAGUCCCCAGUGCCACCCUUGAACCCCACUGAUGCCAGAGAGGAUGAGGGAGGUGCUGUAGGGAUUGAGAGGAGCUGGCCGGCUGACCCUCGGCCGCCUGUGCCAGGCGAGGAGGAUGCCUCUGGCCCAGACCCUCAGCCUCCUUAUGGAGACUGGGGUAAGGAGUCCCCCCUCGCCAUCAUGCCCUACCCCUCCCACCAUCUUUAUGCUCACUUUCAAGGUGAGGGGGGUGGGGAUGGCCCUGCAGCUGGCCCAGGCUCUGCGGAGGCUGGAUCGCCUGUCUGUGGGGGGGGCGAGGGCAGCUCCACACCCCCGGUAGUUCGGUGGUCUCAGUCAUUGCAGCACCUGCUAGAGGAUCCCCAGGGUGUCCACCUCUUCCAGGAGUAUCUCAAGGAAGAGUGUGGCACCUGUGAGGAGGUGCUCUUCUGGUUUGCCUGCAAUGGUUUGCGCCGCACUGACCAGGACCCCUGGCAGCUGGUACCUAUAAUAUGGAAAAAGUUCAUCCGCAACUAUACUGUGAAGGUCACUGAGAAGACAUACAAGACCAUUAACGACCGCAUCAAUGCCCGCAGUAUUGACCGCAACAUCUUUGAUGAUGCUCAACGGGAGGUGGAGGAGGAGAUAGAACGAAGUACCUACCCCAGUUUCCUGAAGAGCGAGACCUACCUCACUUACCUCAGCAUGGUGACACAGCAGGGUGGGGGGCCAGGGGCAGAAUCCCCUCACAGCCCCUCCCCAAGCAGCCCUGGUGGAGUAAACACAGGGGUGAUGCUGCCCACCCUGCAUGAAGACUGUGAGUAUGAGGGUGGGACAGGAGCCACCCAGCUGCGCCUCACCCAGGAAGCCCUUGCUGCCACAGUCAAGCGCAGGGCGGCUCCAGAGAGAAGAAAACCUGAGGCCUAUGCUGGGCAAUAUUUGCAUGGAAGAGGCAUUUUUGGUGGGGGGGGCGUGAACCCCUACCAUGCGGUGUACGGCACGGUGCACCUCUCCAGCAGGCAGGACUCUGAGCUCCAGAGUCUUAGCUCUGAUGCCCUCACCGAUGACACCCUCUCCUGCACUGACUCCUCUGUGGACAUGUCCAUAGGUCACCCUGUCAAUCCUAAAUAUAUCAAGAAGCAAUACCGACUAAUGCGGGAGAAUGCCCGCCAGAACCUAGAAAGGCGCAUCAGUGGAGGUAAUGGGCACAGUGGUGUGGGGAGCGGGGGCAUGAUUCACGGGGGAUUUGUCCCUCGCACCCAUCGUAUCUGUCAUGAGUCCAUACCCAAACUGAAGCCUGGGGAGUUUGCUGCUCUCCUCAUAGAGAAGCUGGAGAAGGUGCAGAGGGAACGGGAGUCCCAGGAAAAAGUGCAGCAAUCCUUCAAGAGGAUACAAGAGGGUGACAAUGUUUCAGAUGAGUGUCGCAGAGAACACGCCUUCAACAGUCUACCCCCAUCACUAUUGCUAGACAAGCUGGCCCAGAAGAUUCCCAUAGAUGAUGUUGACCCAUGCCAGGCCAUCCUGGAUGAACAUGUGUCUCGUGUGUGGCAAGACAGCAAUAAUGAUACCCCGGCAAGGUCCCCAGGCUCACCACGGCCGCGUUCACCCACCAGUGGCAGAAGAGGCUGCACCGCCCAGUCUGCACGCCCUACUCUUGCCUCACAGCAUGCCUCUAAGGGAGGGGGUGGAGCUCAUCCGUCCAUGUUUGUCUCCGGCAACUACCUUCCCUCAACCCAGCUGGUUCACCUGCUACAGGGCCACUCAGUACAUCAUCCCCAUGGUCAUCUGUCACAUCUGCAGGGUCAUCUGCCACACCACCCUAUGGGACACCAAGUUCAUCUACCCCCAGGCCACUUGCCUCACCCCUACCAGGCCUCCAAGAACUGGAGUCAUGCGCGGCGACGAGACCGUGAUGUGUAUUCCACGUUCUCCUCUGACUCUGGCAAUGUUGCUGACUACUAUGAGGGAAGUGAGCGUCCUGGACCCCAGCACCUCAUCCCCAAGUCCCGCUCCAUGCCAGAUUACAUGGAGAACUACGCAGGGACCAGUAGUGAUGGUGGCAGUUCUGGUGGCAGGAGGCUACCAGGGAGUCGGCGCAGCAGUUCCCGUCGUCCCCCAGCUGACCUCACUGACUCUGGAGUCUCUGUGGUGUCUGACUCUGGUCCUUCCCUCACUCCCUCUGCCUCUUCCACAGAAAGAGUGACUUCAUGGCUCCUGGACAGUGAUAAGUUCUGUGGAAGCCUGAGCUCGGGCAGUGUUUGUGCUGAAGCUGAGUGGGAUCCGCGACUGCCCUCCUCUCGCUCCACACACACGUCUGCGGGUGCUACCUCCCCUGGCACUAUUAGGCGGAGUGGCAGCAGUGGCGGGCGACGGAGUGGGAGUGGGAUGAGCAUGGGUGGGACAGCGACCAGCGGCAGCAACACCAGUGUGAGUGGCAGUUUGGUGGGCGGUGGGCGUAUGGGUUCCCAGGAGAGAGGGGCAUGGGCAGGCAUGGACCCAGCGCUGCACCUUGCACACAGCCAUAGUCUUCAUCUGCCCCAGGGGCCCCUCCAGCCACACCUGCCACACCAAGAGGACUCAAAGAGGAAGAGCAGAGGAGGCGGGAGUCAUGGGUCAGGCAGGUCAGGAGGUCACAGCUCGAGUCACAGCUCAGGUCACAGCCGAGGCCACUCUGAGGCUGGGAGUGGGCGGGCCGUGGGCCAUGGAGAAGCAGUGCCUACAGCAGCACCUGCUGCCACCUCUGGGUCCAAUGGGUCCACCCUGAGGCGGGCCAGACCCCCCCGGCAUACACAGUCAACACCCACAGGUGUGGUGUGUGAAAGUGGUGGCAGUAGUGGUGGUGGCAGUGGAGGAGGGAUUGGAAGCAGUCAGCUGGGCACUGGGUCUGGUGCCAGUGUUGGUAGCUCUACCACAACUGCUCCUGAAGUCACCACUAUUGUUUACAACUUUCAUGAUGAUGCCGUGCCAUUUGUCACGCGGGUUCCCACCUUCCCAGUCACUUUGAAACGCUUCAAGCAACAUCUACCCAAGAAGGGCAACUACAGAUUCUUUUUCAAGAAGCAUUGCGAGGAGUUUGGUUUGAUCAAUGAAGAGAUCACUGAGGAUUCUGUUGACCUUCCUCUCUUUGAAGGCAAAAUAUUUGCACAAAUUAGGAAGGCAGAUUGAAAGUAAGGCACUGGAGUGUGUUAUUAACAAAGAUAUACUAUUGUGUAUGGUGGCUUUUGUUCCCACCAACAAAACAGAAUCCUUAUUCCUUACUACUAGGAAGUGUGACGGACAUUUAUGGCAUUGAGGGCCCCGGUGGGUUCAGCCGGAGGGCUGUAGAUGGAAGGGGACCACCGGGGAAGCUGAGACUUUGCAGUGUUUGCUGGUCCAGCAGUGAUGGAGCCUUGCAGCAGAUAGGCUUAAUAUCUUACCUCAAUUUAGAGAUAUAAUGUGUGAAGAUGUGGCCAUAAACAGCAUGUGUGGGGUGCAGCAGGACCUCCCAGUGGCAGCAGUUCCCAUUACUGUUAAGCAGCAAUAUGUCGUUGCUGCCACCCUACACCAUCUUGACUCCACCCACAAUACAGCAAGCCAAUGCUGUUGCACAUUUCCUUGGAAUUGGUUAAGUCAUACCUCUCCAUCAACAAGGAAGUGUUUUGUACAGAGGUCAAGAAGGCAGAGUCAAACUAGUCAAGAAGUUGGUGAUAGGAAGUGCUUUUAGGACAGUCAAGAGUAUGAUCUCUCUCCUAAUUACAAAGUGUCCCUCAAAAUCUGGCCUUGAGAACUGCUGCCACCAGGACCUGCAAAUUGCUCUGCACUCAGUCCGUAUUGGCAACUCUUUUUACCUUUGGUGCUACUUGUGUAGAGGCUCUGAGGGGUGUACAAGGCCUCUCUCACAGUCCACACCACACCCAGCAUAGACAUUCUCUCACUGCUAAUAGUACAAGUUGGAGCCAACAUUUGUAUAAGCCUUCAGUCCUUAACACUGAGGAGCAUAUUGCUCAGCAUUUCUGAGGAACCCAGAGUUAUGUCAACUGAAGUGUACAGUCAGCUGGCCCUGGAGUACAUCCCCCACAGCCUCUACCCACCAUCCACUAGUAAUGGAACUAUACUAAUGAAAUAUACCAACUGUUCUGUGCUAUUUGAACCCCACUCAUAUGGGGUUAUAUUGGAUUUUUAAAAUUAGUUUUACUAAAGAAAUUUUGGAGUAUGUACAAAGUGUGGGGUGUGGCGGGCAGUGGAGGAGCCACACACCGCCGUGUUACCACCGGGCCUCAGCCUCAGCCGUGCCUCCCUUCACCUGUAAUUGUUAUGUUUAUUAUCCUUAUUUGAUCCAUUUUGUUGAUGUCUCAGGUAUGCCUUCUAUUCUUAUGUAGACUCUUUACAAACAGUAUAAUAAUGUUGAUCAUUUUGUGUAACUAGGUCUUGUUUAAUGUCAAACUUCUUGUUUAGUCAUGUCUGCCAAGGUUGGAGUGCCUGUUAAAAUUAACCAUUAUCAGCAUCACUGAGUAUCUUUCAUAUUAAGAGAGGAUUAUGAAUGUAUUAUACAAUAUUUCUUGGGUUUGGCUUAGUUUUGAUUUUGUUGCAUAACCUUAUUUUGCCUCCUGUAGUGUUCAUUAUUUUAGUAACACUUGUUUGUGCAGCAUAGUUGUGUUUGUGGAGACUGACUCAGCCCUGGCUAUCGGGGUUGACUCAGCCCAGCUUCUGGUGAUCCUGCAUCUGAGCUUUACCUAGUAUCUCUCAGGACUCACUAGGGCUAAGCUAAUGCCUAAAAAUAAUUUUAUGAAGCUUGAUUUUGCAAUAGAAACAAUUCAUGCACUGUUUCUUCAAACUAAAGUUUGACAGUAGUGAAAGUAAACUUUAUGACAGGUAGACAACCUGGCAGACAAGACUCAAUAAUUUACUUUACUUUUGGAGCUGCCAUAUUGUUUAAGAGGGGUAUUAGUGCCCUGUUAUCUCCUCUGAUUGUGAAGGAUUACUCUUGACACAAGAGCUUUCACACGUGGGAUCUUUGUUGUGUGAGCCGCCCAGCCAUAGGGCUAAUGGCAUUAUCUUGCACUUCAGAUAGGCCUACUAUGUACAUAUGAUUUUUUAAUUAAACUCAUUUUAUAACUGGUGUUUCCAUUCCAUUACUUUGCAAUACCAAUAUGAUUGGAAACAAUAUUACCAUUGAUAACUAGUUCUAACAUAGGGGUCUAUAUGUCUGUGUUUUCUGGUGCUUGAGGGUUCUACAUUUGGACAUGGAGGAUAACACUGCCUCUCUUGUUAAAUGGAAUCGCACAGGGAGAAGUGACCACUGUUAAUCAUGACAGCAAUGGCAAUAUCUGCGUAUUCAGGUAGUCCUUGAGUAAUGACCGGGGUUUGGUUCUGACAAUCAGGUCGUAAGUCGAAAUUUCCAGUGAAAAAUAAAAUUAAAAUAUUCAAAUGUUCCCCUGUGGAUAGAGCAGUGUUUACUUGCCUCCUGGGCUGGCCCCCCCCCUGGCACCCCCCACUGUUCUGCCUAUGGCGCUGGUAUGCUUUCUUGGUGGGGGGUCCAUCUCAUUAUGGCACAGGCAAGUGUUUUAUAGUGGUGCCAUCUUGCUUGGCUCAUGCUGUCCCCAUGGAGCUCAUUUUUCUUCUUUAGAGAGAAUCUAAAGUCUGGGUAGAUAGGUGGUCUUCAGGACAGAAUGUGGGUAGUCUAUGGCCUCUUGAGGAUGCCUGAUGACUGAAAAUUGUCAGCAUGAGCAAGAGUUGGACUCGUUCCUGGGUCCUCCUGGAUGCUGUACCCACACACUAACCACUCAGUUACUGCCUGCAAACGCAAAACACCACACAAAGCUGUGCAAUGUUACGCAAUGGACUUCGUGGUGAGUACCCAAUGGUAAAGAGAUAUUUUAACCCCUUCACUACGGCUGGGCCAAAAUAGCGCCCCGCGCCAUAUCCGGGAUCGCCGCAUGUGCCAAACUUCAAAUGUCGCUAUUGAAUAUAACAAGUUUUCAGCCUUAAACUCAACAUAAUCAUCAUGUAUUAUAUAUGAAAACAUGCAGAAUUAAAUGGUGCACAUAAAGAAACUCACUACGGCCGGGCCAAAACAGCACCCCGCGCCGUAUCUGGGACCGCCGCGCACACUUAAUUUCAAAUGUUGCUAUUGAACAUAACAAGUUUUCAGCCAUAAACUCAACAUAAUCAUGAUCAUAAUCAUGUAUUAUAAAUGAAAACAUGCAGAAUUAAAUGGUGCACAUAAAGAAACAUAAAUUAAUUGAUAAUUUUGAGACGUAAGCAUAAAUAUAGAGAUAAAACAACUCGUAUAUUGGCUAAAGCGAGCCAUGACGCAGUAUGCGUGUCCUCGGAUAUGGUACAAGGCACGCAAGGAUGCAGUAUAUGUGUUCUCAUGUUGAAGGGGUUAAUGACAACAUAUUUGUAAGCAGUUUACAUAAAUUACAGUACAGUUUAUAGUAUGCAGAGCUGAUGAAUGAUGCUAUUUGUGAUAUUUUAUGUUGAUUUUGGGUUGUCCUCAUCAAAAACAGCAAAAAGUAGUCAGGGUCAUGCCAUAAAACAGCUUAAAACCAUGAAAAAUUAAGAAAUGUAACAUCUUUUAGCUUACUGUCGCCUAGAAGUCAGUGUUUUGGGUAAUUUUUUGUCGAUUUGGGAAGCAAAAUGGUCGUGUUGACUACCGGACUUUCUUGGAUUGUAAGUGCGUAUCAGAGUAAAUCGUUUUCUCUUGACAUAUUUAGCAGAAACAUAUAUAUUGUUAGAGUAACUCAUUUUGAGCUUUUUGAUAGUUCAAAUGUACAGUCGCCCAUAAGAGUGUUCGCUCACGCAAUAACAGUUUAUACGUGGCCCCCUCCUUACCAAAAUUGCCAGUUCUGGACGUCGGUAUACCCACUAUACCUCACCCACAACACUGUCAAACCACUUUCCAACCACCAACCACUUCAAUUUCCACAUCACGAUCUCCAAAACCGCCUACAACAUCCACACAAAUAAAAAAAUAAAAUAAAAAUAAAAAUAAAAAUUGUACCCAGAAUAAUGGUUGCCAGGCUUGCCAGUUAUGGCAACAAAUGAAAUAUAUUGGGUGGUCAGUAUUCCCAAAGGAUCAGUCUACUAGGGCACCAUCACAGAAAUCACCGUCGACACACUCCAGUGACGGGAAAGAAUAAUGCAUUAAAUACGUACGACAUACAUAUCUUGACGUUCAAUGGUAUUAAAAAAUAAUACGUACAUCAUACGUAUCUGACGCUGUACGGGUCAAUGGAAAUGGUUUAUUUGGUAAAGAUUGUGUAAAAUUGCAGUUUUUUUGUGGGUCUAGUAGCUUUUUCUGAGGGCAAGUUCUGAGUUUUCUCAACCAGAGGAGAAUCCCCCCCAAGGGGGGAAUUUGGAUCACAGAUUGGCACUCAACACAUUUGGAAUACUGAUCUUUUAAUUGCCUUCAAGCUCCCCAUGGUGUCAUAAAGCACAAUAUGCAUCAGUUACUUGCUGCAAGCACCCUAUCAUGCGAUUUAUGCUUUUGAGUCAGACAAUCUUGGAAAAGGGGGAAUGACAUUCUGAAAAGGGUCCAUUAGGACCACUAUGCUAGUUGUAAGGCCUUUGAUUUCUUAAGUUGCAAAAAAUUCCAUGAUAAAUAUAAGGCGGAUAUACAUAUGUAUAUAUAUUUUCUUUCAUACAAAUACAAAUAUAAACAUAUAUUAAAAAUAUUAUAUUUAAAGUCAUAACUUUAUGCAAGUGGAAUAUCACUCUAGCAUAAUGAAAACAUCUAUAAUGAAAGUAACAACAGAUUAUUACAGACCAAAUAUUUUCCAAACUCACAGCACAACUCACUUUGUAGAUUAGUAUGACAUGAUAAAAAUCAUUUAUUUCUCUUGCCAGCAAGUUCCUUCAAAACUUCUUGCUAUCUAUGCACAGGCACAGGUAAACAAUGAACCUACAAAUACACAAAUAUUAAAUAUCACAGGCCAACUGUUAGUCUAUCAGAACUGCAGUAAUGCACUGCUACCUCCGCUUACUUCAGAAGUGAGCCCCACAUGACGGCCCCUGCUAGUGUGCUACAUAGUUUCCUCAGACAGCUAAAUAGAGUAUGAAAUAAUUUUUUAAUCUAUAAUGAACAAUACACAAAAUUACUGUUCAUGAAGAAAGAUGUAGAUUUAGGCAGCUAUGGGAAUUAUAAAUAUCUGCAAAUAUCAUGUUAAGAUAAGAGGUAGAUGGGAUUAUCUGCUCACUAAUUUGGUUUGAAAAAUAUUCAGUAUAUCCACAUCUGCCUUUUUUUCAUUGUGAAUAUACUACAACUGCAAUAUUUAAUUUUACAUUGAGGUUAUAAAAUGGCAUAAUGUUCACAACCUUAAACUCUUUCUCUUUUCCUACAUGUAAUGCUUGUGGUUCGUGGAUACGGGUGACACUAAAAUAAAGUUAUUAUGAAUGUAAACUUACAGCUGACAAGAUAUUCAUUAAAAUUUCAAAAUUCAACAACAUAACUCUGAUUCCAAAAUGAGAAGAGAGAGAUGUCACACCUGGACAUUGGCACCUCUGACAUCUCUGACAUUAAGCACAAAAUGGCUCAUACAAGUUACUGAGACUGGAAAUAAUAUUUUAUUUAUAGCACAAACCUAUAUUUAAAGAGGUUUAUUGUGUUCCAUAACAAACAUUUUAGGAUGAAAUUAUUUCAAGCAGUCAGCGGUGGCUUGUUUUAAAACAAAAUGGAUGACUUGCAUAUUUCGCAGAACAUUAGAGGACACAUAUAAGUUCACUUUUUUAACAAACUUAAACUUAGAGUUACUUGCAAAUAUUUAACUUGAUUCGGCAUCACUACAGGGGAUUCGAAGAUAAAUCAAUGAACCACUCAUUUAUAAGGAAACAUGAUAAGUUUACAUGCAGAAUAUACACUAUACAGAAAUCUACGGUAUACAUGCAAGGUGCAACUCUCAUCUGCUGGGCCCUUACUCCAUGUACUUUGACUGCACUGAUUGCCAUCUAAUUUUAAGGUGUGGUAAUACUUAGUAAUAAUAGGAAUCAUAUCUACAAAAGUAUCAAUUUUUUGUGCUAGUUUCAAUAAAGCUGUUUAUGCGUGAGCCAUUUCAUCUUCUAGUGAUAUCUUUUGCAAUACCAGUUUUUUUGUAUUGGUAAUGUGUACCUCCAGUGGCUGUGUAUACUCCAUAGUAUUUAAUGGCUAGUAAAAAUACUUAAAACUCUCAUACAAGAAUCACAGAGUAUGUAAACACCGUAGAUGAUGCAACACAAACUAAAUCGUACCAUACUUUAUAAUGUGUUGACUUGGCCUCCGCAUAAAGGCUGUAACUAAGCUCACCAAACAUUGUUGUUGCCAGUCAAGAAUAGACUUCCAUGAAUAUGUUGCUCUUACCCUGGAAGAGCAGUGGAGGCUGUUGAAGGUUUAUUAUGAACAUAAAAAGGUCAACACAACAGAGAACUGAGGAUUGAGAGAACACGAGCCUGGGGUUAGUAACACACAAAUAUUUUGAACAAUAUACCCUACUCAUGGCAUUACAUGUGACCAAACUGAAAAAAUGGCAAGCUCAAGAUAUUUUUCAAGGAAGAAAUACAAAGGACACUUGUUCAGAUUAGAAUUUCAACAUAGCCAUGAAGUGUGUCCUGAGAGAGAGAGAGAGAGAGAGAGAGAGAGAGAAUAAACAAUACUUGGCUAAUACAAGAGUGGAGUCAGACUCACUUUCCUUGGUAUAUUUGAUUCACUGCAACUUGAACAGCUGAUUCUCUGGUGAAUGAAAAAUAUCACUUGAAACAUAUCUGUAUAAGUUGUCUUUGUGUACCUUCUCUCUUUGGUGAAGGCCAACUGCCACAACCUUAGAAUGGGAACUCACUUGCAAUGGGAAAAUCAUUUCCUUCAUUAAAAUUAGUUUACUGAGAGGUCACUUACAGCUAUUUUGAGUGUACUACAAAUGUUAUAUAUUUUGAAGUUAAAAGGAUUAGUGUCACACAAAAGGGUCCUAAUUGCAGCAAGACUUUGGUGGAUACACAAGAUCUGACUAUUUGAAUUCAUGUUAUUCAAUACAUAUAACCUAUGGGCCGCAUAAGAUGGAUAACAGCUUCUUAUUGAAUUAUGUAGACAUUGGCUUGCAGCCUGCUUGAGACCUGCUUGUCCUCCUAGAUAUCUUUUAUGUUACUAUUUUGCAGCACAUACUUUUCAUCAUCAUCAUCAUCUGAUCCUGUUUUUUCUAGACAUUCUUCAUUCCUCUUUAUCUUGGCAACUUUUACCUCUUUUCAUACAGGGUUACCAAUUGGGUGUUGUGGCUUUGGGUUUAGGAUCUGAACCCCACACCUGCACUGGGGUUCUAACCACCUUGUCUGACUCUUAAUGAUUUAAGCCACUAGACCACCACACUCCUUUCCGGACCUUACAAUCCAGCAUACAAGAUUUCAAAAUAGUAGUUUACAAUCCAGCAUACAAGAUUUCAAAAUAGUAGUUAAUAUACAUUUUCAUUCUUUUAAUCAAUAGUUGAUAAUUCAAUCAAUACUAUGGUGAUACCACUAAUUUAUGUACUUGGUAAUAAGUGACAUUUCAUUGCUGAAGAGCAUGGGAACAAUUAAUUUAAGUCAGUGACAAUAACCCAAUCUACUAUCCUGUAAAAUUGCAGAACAUUCAACAGCUUUAUUCAACAUGCCCUAAAUGGUUGUCAGUGGCCUCAAUAACUCCACUCACCUUGCACAAUCAUCACUUGGAAUGGCAAGCAAUUCGUCCUAGCAUUUUAUAUAGUUGUCUGCCAUCUGUAUGUUCUGUGAACUAUCAAAUUUUGUACUAAUUUAAUAAACAAAAAUUACCAAUGUAAAUUACCUUUCUUCUUAAAUGCAACCUUGUAUGUCACUAGAAGGGUUGCCAACAGUGCAGUUUUCCUAUAUUAUUAUUCAGAUAUUUCUGAAGAAGUUCCACAGGAUAUUUGUUUGUUGCAACGUGUGGUUUUAUAUUACCUUUUUUUUCUUUCACUCUACAGAUGAUAUACCAUAAUAUAUUAAAAUCAUGUUUCCAGGGAUUUUUUUUAGCAUGAAAGUCCAUUGGUCACUCCAACAAUAACUUGAGAGCCUUGAUCAUGGGGCAGGGCAAGGAAACUUUCUUGGCCUUGAGGGUGAUCAGUCUUAACCCAAACAGAGAGAGGUAAAGGUGCACACAUAAUUAUGAUAUGUAACAUCACAAGUGGCAGAUGGCUAAGCCCAUCUGUUGUGGGCGAGAUGAUUAUGAAGCAUUAACACAUAAAUGAUGAAACAACUUUAUCUAGUACAGUGCAGUAACAAAGUUUGUUAUGAAUAUACUGAAGGUUUCCUUUUCAACUAAAGUUUAAUAAUCUAUUUGAUAUGUUUCCUUUCUUUAAAAGCCUUUGAUGGCAUACUGUGCUGACUUCCAUGUUCAUCAUGUGUUACACAGCCAUUUCCAUGCAGAUACGUAUAGAUAGAUAUUUUAUUGUUUGUUUUUUUGUCAUGUCAUCAUUUGUUCAGCACAGGCUCACUAUCCUGAAAGAAGAUUCAGCCCACAGCUGAAUUAAUUCAGUGAAAUUCAUCUUCUAUUACCAUUCCUUGCAGCAUUAGAGGGGAAAGUGAGUGUGUGCUACUAACAGCUCUAAUGCCACAAGAAAGUAAGGGAUGUAUGAUUCCUGAACUAAGAGCUUGAUAAUAAACACAGGAUAGUGUAGGCAGAAUUAUUGGUUCAUAAAGAACACAUCCAAAUAUUCUGCCAUGUCACUCAUUAAUAAAUCAUUGCUAAAAACUGCCCAUUCUUGAAAGAGGUAUGCUUAUAUCCUUUGUUUUUGGAAGGGGGGUAGUAUUAUUUUAAAAAUUCUUAAUAAAAGUGUGUGUGUGUGUGUGUGUGUGUAUAAUGGCCAAGGCCACUAACUCAGUCAGCAGUUGCCUGAUUCACCAGACAGAAUAAUAUUUCACAGACAAGUUGGGCAACUGGAUCUCUAUUUUCUAUGUACAUUAUGUUAUCACUAAACAAAAAGAUAGAAUAGUUACAACACUUUUACACAUUACUCCAUGGUAUAAAGACUUUAAUAAUGGAAAUAAUUGUAUAUGGAUGUUUCAUGCUCUUUGUACAGUCUGUUUUCCUGGGACAAAUUAUUAUUUUAUGUAUUGAACUCAAUGUUUUUAUUAUUUUUUUCUUUUUAUAUAUUUUAAAGGAAAUGCAUUUACUCAGAACCCAUAAAUAGUUUACUUUCAUCAUAAAUAG